AUGCAGAAGACGAAGGAGCUGCUGAGCUACUGCGACUCUGUGUACAAGACCACCAGGCGCAAGACAAGAACCGUCCAGUGCGGAGACGUCCCCAUCGGCAGUGAACAUCCGAUCGCCCUGCAGACGAUGACGACGGCGAUGACGACUGACAUUCAGGGAAGUAUCGACCAGGUCAUGCGAUGCGCUGACGCAGGAGCCCAACUUGUCCGCUUGACCGUGCAAGGGCAACGUGAAGCCGAUGCAUGCAGCAAGAUCAAGGAGGGAUUGUUGAAGAAAGGAUACACAACCCCUUUGGUGGCGGACAUUCACUUUGCUCCCAAGAUUGCGCUGCAGGUUGCAGAUGCGUUUGACAAGAUUCGCAUCAAUCCAGGAAACUUUGCGGAUGGCAGGAAGAGCUUUGAGGAGAUCACUUACGAAAACCCUGAGGACUACAAGGCUGAGCUGGAUUACAUCGAGGAAGUCUUCACUCCCCUCGUGCUCAAGUGCAAGGAGCUCGGGCGCGCAAUGAGAAUCGGAACAAACCAUGGAUCCCUCUCUGCUCGUACCCUGAGCUACUAUGGCGACACUCCCGCUGGGAUGGUUGAGUCUGCAUUCGAGUUUGCGCGCAUCUGCAGGAAGCACGACUAUCACAACUUCCUCUUCUCUAUGAAGGCUUCGAACCCCAAGGUUAUGGUUCAAGCCUACCGCCUCCUAGCAGCUGAGAUGUACGACCUCGGGUGGGACUACCCCAUGCACUUGGGUGUGACGGAAGCGGGAGAGGGCGAGGACGGCAGGAUGAAGUCCGCCAUCGGCAUCGGGUCUCUGCUGCAGGAUGGACUUGGCGACACGAUCCGUGUCUCUCUGACCGAGGAUCCAUGGUUCGAGCUUGAGCCCUGCACGAAGCUGCGAGACAUCGCCAUGAACCAGAAGGACAAGAUCUGGACCCCUGUCCCCACCUGGAAGGAGACGACAAGGAACUUCAUGUCAUUCUCGCAGCGUCAGGGUCAGCUCCCCCUCCAGCACGAAAGUGACCCCAUCGACAUCCGCAACGUCCUCCACAGGGACGGGAGCGUUAUCUCUGCUGUCUCGCUGGAGGAUCUCGCGAGCCCGGACAAGCUCUACUACAACUUGGGCUGCAAGACUGCCGUCGGCAUGCCCUUCAAGGACCUCGCCACCAGCGACUCCAUCCUUCUCCAGCAGAGCCCCGCCAUGGACGCCAGCAAGGAGCGCACGGCUCUUCGCCGCCUGCAGGAGGUGGGAGUUGGCGUGCUGUGCCCGGCCCAGGAGCUUCAGGCAAGGCCUAUCCCCAACGCCAUCGCCGUCUACGACCUCAAGCAGAUGCCCAGCAAGGGCGCGAAGCUUCCUGACGGAGCGAUCCGCUACGCGCUCACAGUGAGGGGCGACGAGUCGGACGAGGAGCUGGCGAAGCUCAAGAGCUCGGAGGCGGUGAUGCUGCUGCUGCGAGUGCCGGACGAGGUGAGCAGGGUCCACGCGUCGAGGAGAGUCUUCAACUUCCUCAAGGAGAACAGCAUCGACACUCCCGUCAUCCACCACAUCGUCUUCGGUGCCGACAAGUCCCGCGACUACGUCGUCCUCCUCACUGGCUCCGAGGUCGGCUGCUCCCUCGUCGAUGGCAACGGAGAUGGCGUGCUCAUGCAGGCCCCACUCCCCCUCGACUUCCUCCGCCUGAGCUCCUUCGGCCUCCUGCAGGGCUGCCGCAUGCGCAACACCAAGACCGAGUACGUCUCUUGCCCCUCCUGCGGCCGCACCCUCUUCGACCUCCAGACUGUGACGGACCAGAUCUCCAAGGCCACCGGGCACCUGCCAGGCGUCACCAUCGCCGUCAUGGGCUGCAUCGUCAACGGGCCUGGAGAGAUGGCGGACGCUGACUUCGGCUACGUGGGCGGAGCCCCGGGGAAGAUCGACUUGUAUGUGGGGAAGGAGCUGGUGAGGAAGGCCAUCCCCUCCGAGAAGGCCUGCGACGAGCUCAUCGAGCUCAUCAAGGAGAACGGCCGAUGGGUCGAGCCAAGCAAGAACGAGGAGGAAGCGGUCACAGCUUAA